AUGAGGGAUGGCCAUGGUAGCACAGAUGCAUACUAUGUUGCCAAGUACGGGCAAAAAUGGGUUAGAACUCGAACAAUUAUUGACACUUAUAGUCCAAAGUGGACUGAGCAAUACACAUGGGAGGUUUAUGAUUCUUGCUCUAUAAUAACACUUGGUGUUUUUCACAAUUGCCAUUUAGGUGGAAGUGAAAAAGCCACUACCGGCACUGCAACCAGGGAUACAAAAAUCGGAAAGAAAAUGGGCGAGCUUCAGCUAGCCGUGAGAUUCACUAGCCUCUCAUUGGCUAUCAUGAUUUACAUUUAUGGCCAACCCUUGCUUCCAAAGAUGCAUUACUUGCGCCCUUUCACAGUUAAUCAAAUAGAGAGUUUGAGGUACCAAACCAUGAACAUUGUGGCUGGGAGGCUUGGAAGAGCUGAACCUCCCCUCAAGAAGGAGGUGGUGGAGUACAUGUUGGAUGCUGACUCCCAUAUGUGGAGCAUGGGAAGAAGCAAAGAUUCAGAAAAUCAAAUGCUCUUUUAA